UGAGCUGCACAAGGGGCGCUGUAGUGACAUCUCUUGGCCUGUGGAAGUAGGGAAAUGAAUUGCACAAGAAUCCACUCGUGAUUUUCCAUGAACCCGACACGAGAGAUCACUUUCCGCGAGAAUGAACGCCGCUGGAUUCAGAGACUGUAAGGCGUGGAGAUCAGAGGGUCUGUCACUGUCCACCAGCAGUAAUGAGGCCUGCAAACUAUAUGAUGCUAUACUGUCUCAGUAUGUGACCUGGCGUAAUGAUGAGACUCUCGGAGGAAUAGAAGGUUGCAUUAAAGCUGUCAGAGCUGCUGAUCCGGACUUUGUCAUGGGUCAUGUGAUCUCCACUGGGCUGGAGUUGGUGGGCACAGGAAGUUCAGUCCUGCGGGAUGAGAGACUGGCCAAUGCGGUGAGGAUGACGGUGGAGCUGGCAGACGUUCAGGAGCUCACACCCAGAGAGAGAAGACACGUCAAAGCCGUGGAGCUCUUCUCCAGAGGAGCGCUGCACAAGGCCUGUGAGGUUUGGGAGGAUAUCCUGGUGGAUCAUCCCACAGACAUGCUGGCUCUGAAGUUUGCCCAUGACGGAUUCUUCUACCUGGGUGAACAGACUCAGAUGAGAGACUCAGUGGCCAGAGUUCUGCCAUACUGGAAACCACAGAUGCCACUCUACAGUUAUCUUAAAGGGUUGUAUUCCUUCGGGCUUCUUGAGACUCAUUUCUACGACGAAGCCGAAAAAGUUGCCAAAGAGGGUCUGUCUCUGACCCCUGAGGAUGGCUGGAGCGUGCACUCAGUGGCUCACGUCCAUGAGAUGAAGGCUGAGGUGGACAAGGGACUGAAGUUCAUGUCCUCUACAGAGAGAGACUGGAGGGUGUGUGACAUGUUGGCGUGUCAUAAUUACUGGCACUGGGCUCUCUAUCACAUUGAGAAGGGAGAGUAUGAAGCAGCUUUGAAGAUUUAUGACGAGCAGGUUUCUCGUCGGUGUGUGAAGUCUGGAGCCAUGCUGGACACCGUGGACUCUUGUUCACUGCUUUACAGACUCGAACUGGAGGGUGUGAGCGUGAAGGAGCGCUACCGGGAGUUGCUUCAGGUCACUCAGCCUCAUACAGAGGACCACACGUUACUCUUCAAUGACCUGCACUUCCUCAUGGUUUCUCUGGGCAGUAAGGAAACCGCCACCACUCAGCGUCUGCUGGAGAGUCUGCAGGAACUCACUAAAGAUCCAGCAGAGAAUCAUCAGCUCCAUAUAGCCGAGCGUGUUGGGUUGCCCAUGUGUCGGGCACUGCUGGAGUACGACCAGGGAAACUACAGUCAGGCCGUGGAGCUGCUGAAACCCAUCAGAUACCGUUUUAAAGAGAUCGGGGGCAGUGACGCACAGAGGGAUAUUUUCAAUCAACUUCUUAUUCACGCUGCCAUGAAGUCAGGAGACAAACACCACCAAAGAUUUGCCAGAUGUAUGCUGAUAGAGAGAGACGCACUGCGGCUGAACUCCCCACUUACAGACCGUCUGAUCCAGAGAGCACACUCACUACACAUUUGAGUCUAUUCAGUAUGCACUUAAGCUGUUUAAUUACAAAGAGUGUGUUCACUCCUCCAACAAUGUCUCCUGUCAUCUCGUCCAACUACAUCACAAAACUUAAUGAAAUGGAUGUGUGCAAGAGAUGGCUUCUUAUGUAGACACUUUGCACUACACAUUAUUAAAGUUCAACUAGUAUUGUAUAAAUUACAGUGAUUAUUCAAUGCUGUGUGCAUUCAAAAUGAGCUUAAAAAUAUGCAUUCAGACUUUUUGAAUUUGUAAUGUAAAAAUAACAAACAAUCCUGCAAGCUUUACUAACAACCUUAUUUUUAAAUAACAGAGAACAAAAUGUAAACUGAAAUAGAAGAUAAACAUGGGCUCCAAGGCAAAGAAUGUGCUGGCAAUGUAUGAGCAGGAUAAAGCAUGUAUCAUAAAAGCAUCACUCCGGUGUGUGUGUGUGUGUGGAAUGAUUGAGGUGAGUCUUCCGGCUCUACAACACUGAUCGGAUCUAUUUCCAGAACUCAGAGAUGAGAGUCUGAGACAGCACGAUGCCUGCGAUAUUGAGGAUCAAAUAGAAGAACCGUGUCAGGAUUGCAGUGUGCAUGUAGAGGAACAUAAUUGUGUUUUGUUUUUUUUAAUCCCCUUUUCUCCCAAUUUGGAAUGCUCAAUUCCCACUACUUAGUAGGUCCUCGUGGUGGUGCGGUUACUCACCUCAAUCUGGGUGGCGGAGGACAAGUUGCCUCCACUUCUGAGACCGUCAAUCCGUGCAUCUUAUCACGUGACUCGUUGUGCAUGACACCGCGGAGACUCACAGCAUGUGGAGGCUCAUGCUACUCUCCACGAUCCACACACAACUCACCACACGCCCCAUUGAGAGAGAGAACCACUAAUCAUGACCACGAGGAGGUUACCCCAUGUGACUCUACCCUCCCUAGCAACCGGGCCAAUUUGGUUGCUUAGGAGACCUGACUGGAGUCACUCAGCACACCCUGGAUUCAAACUCGUGACUCCAGGGGUGAUAGUCAUCGUCAAUACUCGCUGAGAUACCCAGACCCAAGGAACAUAAUUUCUGUAUCUGCCCCACACCUCUGAAACAUUCAUGAAUGGAAAUGCGCCGAGUUAUACCAACACACAACAGGAUCACGAUCCUAAAGGCUUGAAUGUGUUGCUUCAGGAAGACAAAACAGGCUGAUUUUGUCAAAUAAACUAUGUCCUAAUGAAUUUGACUGGCAUCAGUCUUGUAUAUGGAUCAAUGCAUGUAUUCUGGAGUAAUGUAAUAGAUCUGUCAAUGCAAAAAUGUAAUUCACACAAAAUAAGUUGUGUAUUCCUCUGAUUUACAUGCUUUCAAAGUAAUUUUGAUAUUUUUCUGUGGCGUAAAGUAAAAGAUGUUUCGUGUAACCAUCUGGAGACAGAAAAAAAUAAGUCUCAUUAGAAGCUGAAAUUCUUGGAAAAAAAUAAAUAUUGGCAUGAAAAGUGCAGAAUAAUCUUUUGUAUUUUUUUUUUUUUGUAAUUUUCUUCCAAAAUGUGAUUCAUAUUUAAGCAAAAUUGUUAUUUUGUCAUACUGAUAUUCAAUAUUUUGACAUUUUUGUGAAGCAGCACAUUUUGUUUUGGUCAUAUGAUGUAACUAUUGAAACAAGAAUCCUAAUAAAUGUUCUCGAUUUAUAAAAAAAUAAAAUUUUUACCUUGGCA